AUGCUUCCAGAGGAGAAAUUGCAAUCAAUUAUGCGGAAUGAGUUCUGUGAUGAGGAUGCGGCGGGUUGGCGAUCGUCAUGGUUGAUGAGCUAUGCAGAGUACUAUAAAAAUCGUGGUGUGGUGCGAUCCAAGGGCUACACCCUCUUUGCUGAACGUAAUCUCCCCCAUAUUGAUAGCAAAGAGAUCAAUGGAAGGAAUGGUGGUGCAAAUAGUAUUGCUGUAACCAAUAGAAAUUCGUCACCCCAUCCUGCUAUGGCGGCUGUUGGUGACAAUUGA